GGUAAAUCAAAUUCGCUCUUUACUUCCUUUCCAUAGAGAAGUGGUCUUAGUUUAUGUGAAUAUCAAGAGGAACUAGGUUGUUAGAAAGUGAAACAUACAAGUUUUGUUCUUGCUGGCGAAAGUAGAGUGACCUCUUAUUAAUAUGAAUUGAAGUGUGGGGCUGGUUCCGAGAUUUUUAGGCUUUCAUCUCAGUCAGGGUUUAGUGAGUAAUGAUAGAUCUAAGUACACUCAAUCCUGCACAGCUCACUGUGCUGGGAUCCGCGUUUUGUGUUAUGCUUUCCAUGCAUUUCACGACCCAGUUAUUGUCUCAGCAUCUCUUCUAUUGGAAGAAUCCAAAGGAGCAAAAGGCUAUUAUCAUUAUCAUCCUUAUGGCUCCCCUUUAUGCAGCUGUCUCCUUUGUGGGUCUCUUGGAUAUUAGAGGAAGCAAGGAGUUUUUCACCUUUUUGGAGUCUGUUAAAGAAUGUUAUGAGGCUUUGGUCAUUGCCAAGUUUUUGGCUUUGAUGUAUAGUUACUUGAACAUAUCAAUUAGUGGGAACAUUGUGCCCGAUGAAAUUAAAGGCAGGGAAAUUCACCACUCUUUUCCAAUGACACUUUUUCAGCCUCGUACUGUUCGGCUGAACCACCGUACUUUGAAGCUUCUAAAAUAUUGGACGUGGCAGUUUGUUGUCAUCCGUCCAGUAUGUUCCAUUUUGAUGAUUGCAUUCCAGUUGCUUGGGCUGUAUCCAACUUGGUUGAGCUGGACAUUCACCAUCAUUCUCAACAUAUCUGUGUCGUUAGCCUUGUAUUCUCUGGUGGUCUUUUACCAUUUGUUUGCUAAAGAACUGGCACCACACAAGCCUCUAUCAAAAUUCUUGUGCAUCAAAGGAAUUGUUUUCUUCUGCUUUUGGCAGGGAAUGUUGCUGGACCUUUUAGCGUCAUUUGGCAUCAUUAAAUCUCGUCAUUUGCGGUUAGACGUGGAGCACAUUGAGGAAGCAAUGCAGAAUAUUUUGGUGUGUCUGGAGAUGGUUAUCUUUUCUGUUCUUCAACAGUAUGCUUAUCAUGUUGCACCAUAUAGUGGAGAAGUUGAGCAAAUGCUUAAACAAAGCAAGAAAUAUGAAUAAUAUGAUUAGGGGAAAAAAUGCGAAUGAUUCAAGCUAUAGAGAUGUAUUUAAUAGUUCUUUAUUGUGGUGCUAGAAAACAUUGAUGCCGAGUGAAUUGGUUCUUUUUAUGAUGUUAUUAUACUGUAUAAAUCCGCUCAUCCAUCACCUCUUUAAUUAUUCCUUUUUGGUUGCUGUAAUUUCACUACCAUACUAAGAGGUUUAUUUGCUAUCUUCUAGCGUAUGACGAUUUUCUUAGGAUAUGAUAGUUGUUUCUGAUUACCGGGUCCGAUACUUGUAUUGUUGGAAUCAAGUGAAUAACUGUUUAAUACA